UGGCAACCCUGCCCUCAAUUAACUGACCCGUCCCAGAAGCUGUGCGCCAAAACACAGUGUUAGCUCCGCCGCUGCGGCGUCAAGUGUGAUACUAUAUCCGCCAUUAAACAUCACUAUCAGCAGCAGCAGCAGCAGAGACCGGUCCCCCGGGUGACAUGUCAGGAAACGGGUUCAUAUCCAGCAUCCGGAGGUUGAUAGACGCCGAGGAGCAGCGGAGGAUUAGCCACAGACAACCUAGUCCGUUUGAACAGCUCCGCCAGCAGAUGAGUGACGUCUUGGGAGAUGGAGGGAUCCUGAAAGAGGUGGUCCAGUCCGGAGAGGGCCCGCCUGUGCCCCAAAAUGCUUCAGUAUUGGUCCAUUACUCUGGUUUCCUGGAAUAUUCAGACCGCCCUUUUGACACCACCACAAACUUCAGACACCCGCGGAUGAUGAAGUUAGGGAGAGAUAUGACACUGGCCGGACUGGAGCUGGGUGUGCUGACCAUGCAGAAUGGAGAGUUCUCUCGUUUCCUCUUCCAGCCCCAGUAUGCGUACGGGGACCUGGGUUGUCCUCCAUUCAUCCCCGGUGCUGCCGCGGUUCUGUACGAGGUUCAGAUUCUCGAUAUCCUCGACUCGGGACAAGUGGACGACUUUGUGGCACUGGGUCCGGAGGAACAGAACACUGUUCCUCUGUCGAGACUUCUAGAAGUCGUCAACACUCUACGCAGCUUCGGCAACCGCUGCUUUAACCAGAGCAGAUAUGCCAAUGCCAAGGAUCGCUACAAACAGGCCACCAGGCUGCUGUGGACCAGGGAAAUGCAGAGCGACGCAGAGAAGGAGAAGAUCAACACAGCUCUGCUUCCUCUCUAUCUGAACCUUUCUCUCACGGAGCUGCGUCUGGAGAGACCACAGAAGGCCUUGAAGUUUGGCAAUAAAGCCUUGGAGAUAGACUCAGCCAACACAAAGGCUCUUUUCCGUUGUGGACAGGCGUACCUGCAGCUGCAAGAGUACGAGAGCGCCCAGGGUUGUCUCGUCAUUGCUCAAGCUAAGAAGCCUUUUGACAGUGACAUUAACAACCUCCUGAGGAAGGUGGCACAAUGCCUUAAAGACAACUUGGACAAACAGAAAGACGUGUACUCCAAGAUGUGUAGAGACUUGAGGGGCUCAAUGAAGAUAUAAAUAUGAAGAUCAAAGAUGGUAGAGGAAAGAGCAGGUCCAAGGAUCAGCAGCACAUUUUCUCUCCAGUGCAGAUAAUUCUGAAAGUUGCUAUUUGCUUUUUGGGUUUUUUCCAUAUGUUAUGUUCAGGGCAUAUUAUUGUUCAAAUUUAUUGUUCAUUUCCUUCAGAAUAAUUUACCAUUUUCAAUUGUGUCUUAAUAAUGUGGCUCAAGUUUUUCUUGUUCGAAGAUUUGCUUUGAAGAAUUGUCUUUCACCUUAAAUAACUCGAUAUUAUGGCUGGAAGAACAUUUGCAUGAAAAUUCACAGGGAACCCUAAAUUAGGUGGCUACAUAUUCUAUAAAGUUUCCUAAAAUACAGUCUGUACUAAAGUGGUAAAUGUUUACUUUGGGUCUUAUCACUAUUGAGGUGCUAAUGAUGAAAAAUAAAAUAAAUCUUUUGUUAACUUCUAA